AUGACGGAGAGUCCUGCAAACGCGACAUUCGGUGACUAUGACAACGGUACUGAGACUUAUAUCGAUGACGACGGCUUCUGCGUCAUGGAUCCUGACGCCACUGAGGUCAUCACCCAGACUUUGAUCCACUCCAUCAUCUGCGGCUUCGGCCUGAUCGGCAACGUCCUGGUGAUGGUGACUUACAUCUUCUACAAGAGAACCAAGACCAUGACGGACGUCUACCUCUUCAACAUGGCCGUGGCCGACCUUAUCUUCGUGGCUACGCUUCCGUUCGUCAUAUACAACGAGCAGCACGAUUGGUCGAUGGGCAAGGCGGCCUGUAAGGUGCUCCGGUCGUCCUACAGCAUUAACCUCUACAGCGGCAUGCUGCUGCUCGCCUGCAUCAGCUGCGAUCGGUACAUCGCGAUCGUUCGGGCGACGCGCUCCUUUGGGGCGCGCUCCCGUGCCCUCGUCUACAGCCGCCUGAUCUGCUCGGCGGUUUGGGUGUUUGCAGUGGCGUUAACUCUCCCCACGCUCAUCUACACCAAACCCUCUCAAGAUAACUCCCCGGGGUCUGACCGCGUCACCGUGAUGUGUCAGAUGUCUUUCAACGAGACUGAAACUGCGGCGCUCGUGAAGCUGCUGGUACCCAGCCUCCAGAUGGCCGUUGGCUUCCUGCUGCCGCUGUGCGUGAUGGCGUUCUGCUACUCCUGCAUCAUCUGCACGCUGCUCAGGACGCAGAGCAACCAGCGGCACAAGGCCGUCCGGGUGGUGUUGGCGGUCGUCGUGGUCUUCAUC